GGAAGCUUUUUGGGCACUCCUGGGAGCAUAAAGUCAUCUUCUGGAAGUUCAGUUCAGUCUCCCCAGGACUUUUUGAGUUUUACAGACACAGAUCUUCGAAGUGACAGUUUCACACAUUCUCAACAGGCUUCCUCAACCAAAGAUGUACAUAAAGGAGAGGCUGGGAGUCAAGAGGGGAGUGUCAACUGUUUCACUUCCCUAAUUGGUCUCCCUUCAUCAGCGGCUGUUUCCCAAUCUAAAAACUUUGACAGCUCACCUGGAGACAUAGGUAAUGCAAGCCUUACUUCUACAGCAUACAAACGAGCUCAAACUUCUGGAAUAGAAGAAGAAACUGUAACAGAGAAGAAACGUAAAGGAAAUAAGCAAAGUAAACAUGGGCCUGGGAGACCCAAAGGAAAUAAAAGUCAAGAAAGUCUUUCCCAUCUUUCAGUUUCUUCUGCUUCCCCAACUUCAUCUGUGGCAUCUGCUGCAGGAAGUGUGACAAGCUCUGGUCUUCAAAAAUCUCCAACUUUGCUCAGGAAUGGAAGUUUACAAAGUCUUAGUGUUGGUUCAUCUCCAGUGGGUUCAGCUUUCUCGAAGUUGAUGAAUGCCAUACAUAAUGGUAUUUUUAGCAGCAAUGAUGUAGCAGUAUCAUUUCCAAAUGCAGUAUCUGGCUCAGGAUCUAGCACUCCCGUUUCCAGUUCUCAUUUACCUCAGCAGGCUUCAGGCCACUUGCAGCAAGUGGGAGCUCUGUCACCUUCAACCGCGCCUUCUGUAACUACUGUUGUUGCUGCAACUCAGGCAAACACCCUACCUGGAUCUUCUCUCAGUCUGCCUCCAUCCCACAUGUACGGCAAUAGGCUGAAUCCCAGUUCAGCCAUGGCAGCGCUCAUGGCUCAGUCUGAGAACAGCCAAGCAGAUCAAGAUCUGGGAGAUAAUAGCCGAAGCCUUGUUGGCAGAGGAGGAUCACCCCGAGGAAGCCUCUCACCACGAUCCCCUGUGAGCAGCUUGCAGAUUCGCUAUGAUCAAUCAGGGAACAGUUGUGGGGAAAAUUUGCCCCCAGUAGCAGCCAGCAUAGAACAGCUCCUGGAGAGGCAAUGGAGUGAAGGACAACAGUUUUUAUUAGAGCAAGGCACCCCCAGUGACAUUUUAGGAAUGCUUAAAUCAUUACACCAACUUCAGGUUGAGAACAGGCGGUUGGAAGAGCAGAUAAAGAACCUGACUGCCAAGAAGGAGAGGCUUCAGCUCCUCAAUGCCCAGCUCUCAGUGCCCUUUCCAACAAUAACUUCAAACCCCAGCCCUUCUCAUCACGUCCAUGCCUUUCCAGUGCAAGCACCACCUAGCACUGAUUCCUUGAACAGCAGUAAAAGUCCUCAUCUGGGAAACAGUUUCCUACCAGACAAUUCUCUUCCUGUAUUAAAUCAGGAGAUAACCUCCAGCGGACAAAGCACCAGCAGUUCAUCAGCGCUUUCCACUCCACCACCUGCUGGGCAGAGUCCGGCCCAGCAAGGCUCGGCAGUCAGCGGGCAGGUCAAUGGUGUGACAGUGGGGGCACUGGCCAGUGGUAUGCAGACUGUAACCUCCACCAUUCCUGCAGUGCCUGGGGUGGGUGGAAUCAUUGGAGCACUGCCAGCCAGCCAGCUGGCAAUCAAUGGAAUUGUAGGGGCUUUAAAUGGGGUCAUUCAGACCCCAGCAACAAUAUCACAGAACCCUUCUCCUCUCACUCAUGCAACUGUGCCACCCAACGCAACGCAUCCUCUGCCAACCACGCUAAAUAACAGUGCCUCGGGACUAGGAUUGCUUCCUGACCAACAGAGACAACUUCUACUCCAUCAGCAGCACCAGCAAUUUCAGCAGUUACUAAAUACCCAGCAACUCACAUCAGAACAACAUCAGGCCCUUUUGUAUCAAUUAGUACAGCAACAGCAUCACCAUCACCAACACCAUCAGUCUGAAGUACAGCAACUGCAGAUUACUGGAGGAGCACAGAUACCCAUAAACAACUUACUUUCAGGCACACAGGCCUCAACACUUAAUGCAGCUGCUACCAACCCAUUCCUUACAAUCCAUGGAGAUAAUGCAGCUCAGAAGGUGACAAGGCUCAACGAUAAAACUGGACCAGUUGCGUCAGAGAAGAGUUGA